AUAAAUAGAAAUAAUCUAAGUAAGUCAUCCAUCUAAAAGUGUGUAAUUGCAAUUUUUUUAUUAAGUGGUAACAGACGUAUUUAGGGCUCAACUUCAAAAAUAUACUCUAAAACAAAAUUACCAGUAAUCUUAAAGCACAUUCGCCUCUGAGUAAGAGGCAAAAUAUUAAAAAAACAAAUAUACCUAAUAAUAAUAGAUUUAAAAUACCUUCUCAGUUUCGCAUCGAAGCUAAAACAUUUAACAAAAACAAAUUUAAAACAAUCUUCUGAUUUGACUUUUGAUUUGAUUAGAUACGAAUAACCUGUUGAGUAAAUGAUCACCAUUAAAAUAACCUUUAACAUUAUUUAAAAAAACUGCUGUCCUGGCCGGGGUGUGUGAAAAAAAAUUUUUUUAACAUAUAUUUUAAACAAAAUGAUUUAAAUUAUGCAUAAUCCAAAUAGUACAUUUUUAUUAAUAGGGAAUAAUAGAUCAAACAUCAGGAAUAAUCAAAUUAAGUCAUAUGUUAAACACUUUGUCAUUAAAAAAUUUACCAAGAUCGCUCGAUUUAAUUCAUAUUUGUAUUGCUAACACAAACUUAAAUUCAACAAUUGAAAUUAAAAAAGGGUGCCGAAAAAUCCUCAUCGAGGUCGCAAAAGAUGUGAAACAAUAAUUUCUGUUGAACAGUACCAGUUUCGAGACUGCAGUCGAAGAACGCGAAAUUUAAAGCGCAGAAAACGGAAAAUUCUUCCAGGUGACUCAUAUUUUGAGGGGUUUACGAAAAUAGGAUGUAGAGGGAGUUAGAGAGAGACAAAUUAUUUUUUAUUUAUAGAUUAAUCAAGGGAAACUCAAAAACUAUAAACGAUAGCCCAUUGAAAUGUGUUAUAAAAAUUAUGAACAGUCUAAUAGAAAAAGAAAAUUCAUCAAAAUGUAUGGUUGUAGUGAUGAUGUCUAAAUUUGCAAAAUACAAACGCCGUGUAAGACGAUCAUAUCCACUUGAAGAUCAUGAUCCUAAUUCACAGGACAGUGGUUCUCUUACUGCUCAUUCAGAUGAUUCCAGAUCAGUGUCAACAUUAUCUGAGAGCAAUACAUCAUGUACAGAUGAUUCAGAUGAUGAAUUCUUAGACAUUGCUGUAUCCCCAACAGGAUCGUCUUCAGAUUCACUUCUACUUGGAUUCAGUACAUUAACAGAAGGACAUAUUAUUAGCCAGUCAUCAAUUAUUGUUAAAAGAAAAACUACAAAAUAUUCUUCAGAUACUCCUCGCAAGACUGAUUUAUUGUUUGGCGAUACUAAAAAUAAUGAAGCAGUUGCGAGAAAAAGAAAGUUGACACGUGAUUUAGAAUCAAAUCCUGAAAUGAAUGUAUUAUUUAAGAAAACUAGACCUAGUACGAAAUCUAAACCGGACGAAAGAAUUUAAGGUAAGAGGCUUUGAGCCGAUUCAGUUUUAUUUCUAAUUACAGUAGAACCUCAUUAAUCCGAACCAAUAAGGGCUCUAGGUUGUCUGAUUUAAUGAAAGUCCGGAUUAAACAAAAUAACCAAAAAACAUGUUCGUAUUAUAGAUUUAAGAAUAUUAUAUUAUACUAAUUACUAUGUAUGAUAUACAAUAUACAGGGUGUUCAGUAAGUCAGGAAACGGGUUUCUAUUGUUUCCUGACUUACUGAACAUUCUAUAUAUGUAUUGCAACUCGAUAUUAGUUUAUGAUAACUUUAAUGACGGUAGAUAAAAAUAUAUGUACUUAUGGGAAAUUCGAGGAACUUGCUUUUAUGUUUAUUUUAGUCUACGGCAUAAACUGCGU